AUGAAGGUCAAUGAACAGUUGGCACAGCUGCUAGGACUGGGUUCCACUGCGGAAUGGCCUCAUAGUGAACAAUCCCUUAUUGAAAUGAUCAAUUUACAACGGGAAAAAGAGAUUACCAAACAGCAAUAUUACAAGUUGGAAAAUACAAAUAAAUCAAUAGAACUCCUGAACUUAUCACUACAAUCACAAAUCCCAAGCUAUCUAAUACCCAUAAUAUUCUCUGGUGACACGCUCAGUGAAGAUUUGAUCCAAAAACUGGCUAUAUCUCAACAACAUCAACAACAAUUACUAGUACAAUCAAUUCCACAGCGAAACACACCAAUUCAAACAUCCCCUACAAGAACUCUAUACGCCAAUUUCCAAGGCCAAUCAGGUCCACAGCCAAAUCCUCAACAACACCAUGGUCAGCCCGGUUCUUCCAACCUUGGACCCCCUGUUACUUUCCAUAGACCAUUAUCACCUGCUAAAAUCGGAGCUGCUGCAGUGGCCCAAUUAGAUAGAGGUCGUUAUCCAACUUCACCAAUCCAUAAAAGAAACCAAUCCAUGCCUGUUCAUUCAAACACUCCAAGUUUGAACUCAACUCCAAUUCCAAUCGUUCAAGUUAAUAAUUCACCUUCACUACGACAAGUCCCAACCAAUAAUAAUAAUGUCAAAGUUUCUACUAAUGGCAAUGCAUCAACUCCGCAAAAUCAACAAUCAAUGAUGGGUACCAUGAGUUCAAUACAAUUCAUUAAUGAAAACCCAGGAAAGAAAAGAAGAAGAGCAAGUCUAGAUAUGAGGGAACAAUCUGGUGAAGAUCAAUCAAUAAUGGAGGAGGAAAAUGAAGUUGAGCCUGGAAAAACUUAUACCCCCAAAUUCCCCAGAAGAAAGACACAUACAAGAACUAGAUCUGAAAAUUUUUUAUGGGAUAAAAAUAGAAAUUCAACCCCUGAUAUAAAAAAGAGUACCACAACAACUACAAAUAGUUCAAGUGAAGAACCAAAAGACGAAACAACUGAUACCCCAAAACAAGGUCCUAAAUUUGCAAACAAUAUACUAAGCUCUGCAUAA